AUGGCUGGAACUUUUGUUGUCCAUCGUUGUUACGUUGAGACUGAGUUGAUGUUCAAAGGGGGAAACUCGCUGGCUGAAGAGAUAUUGAUAUGCAAUGUUUCUUUAAUCAGAUUGAAGGCUUACAAUCAGAGAAAAACUGGUCAAGAUGAUGUUCAGGCACAAUUGAUGAAAGAGCUGACUUCAUUCGAAGCACACCUUUUAAUGACUCAGGAAGUUGUUGAGAUACGAGGAAAGGUUGGAAGAUGUGUUCCAGUUAUUUUACCUCUGGAAACGCGCCAGGCUUUAAGUUUUAUUGCAAGCAAGAUAGUCCGAAAGGCAUGUUCCAUUCCAGUUGAAUCUCCAUACCUUUUUGGUAGCAAAACUGGAGGUGUAUUUAGGGCGUAUGAUGCCAUAUCAAUUGUUGCUAAAGAGGCCGGGCUGUCAAGUCCAAGCCUUAUUCGUACAAGUAAUAUGAGGAAAUAUAUGGCCACCAUGGUUCAGGCUCUUGAUACCAGUGAAGCUGAGAGGAGUUGGAUCAUACAACACCUAGGGCAUAAUAUGGAUGUGCAUUUACACCAUUACAGACAAACAUCUGAUGUACUAGAAAGAACAGAAAAAGCAACGAUUUUGUUGAUUCAAGAUUUUGGAAUAGUGCCCCAUUAUGUGGUAAGAAAACUUUCCGAUAUUCAGUUGGAUGGUAAGUUAUUUUGA